AAUCACUGAAGAAAUGAUGCAAGAACUUCUGAAGAAACAACGCAACAACCCCGAAGAAAUGACACAAGAAAUGCUAAAGAAUAUAACUAAUAAACCAACUAAAAAACCGUUAAAUAGCGAAAGAAUAGAAUACCUUUAA